CUAUUUCCUUUUGCGUAAUGACAUUGUUGGCUACAACUUCAAGAAACCAAUCGUUGGCGUUUUACAUCAAACGUAUUCCUAACACUUCCAGUAAAAUUUAACAUUUGUUACUAUCAAAUAUUCGUUAAUAAUUCAUUAAUAUUAAAAAAAAGUUCCCAUAUUUUUCCGACUUAUUGAAAAGUAUUGUAUAACCCUGCAUAGUGAUCUGUUGGAACUUUGGUCGACCGUCGGAACUAUAACCUAAAUCACGAUCCGUCAAUAAAAUAUAAUAAUACAUAGAAAAUUGUGCGAAUCAAAAAUUUUAUAGAUAACAACGACCCACUCAAUCAUUACAGUCCGACAUAACAAGAUACGUCUUAAUCCUUGCUCUACGUUGUUACCCUUUCGGUUUUUGAUUAACUCCCAUCAGUAGCGGCCAUUAUCGAACUGCCAAAUCGAUGGCGCUGAUCGAGAAAAUGGACCGCAAACUGUACGAAGAUGUCCUCAAGCAAAUGGACAAAGACAUAAAAAACCUAAAGGAGUCCGUGGACGAGGCGCUGAUAAAGAAAACCCUAGAAUGGGAGAGCAAGUACACGGAAAUGAAGAAGAGAUGCGACAGGCUCGAGAAGGAACUGAAACGCAACAACAUCAUUGUGUUCGGCGUGGAGCCCCCCGACUACGACCUGGUCGGAUUCGUCGUCAAAAUAGUUAACAGGUACAUGGAUCUGGGGCUCACCGUAGACGACGUUAACGACGUCUAUGCCGUGGGACCGGCGGACAAAAAGAAGAUCGUCGUCAGUUUAGUUUCGUAUAUCAAAAAGCGAGAGAUACUGUCGGGCGUGAGAAAAUUGAGAGGCACGGGGAUCACUAUAGCCGAAGAAGUGACUUUGGAUAAUGAUUACGAGAAGAACAGAAAGGCGUACGAUUUAAAUGAGGGAAGCGGGAGGACGUACAGAGCGACGUACUCUGAUAUCAGAGUCGACUCUCCAGAUUCCCAAAGGUCGGAAGACGAGAUCACCAGGAUGUACGAAGAGAUAAGUCAAUAUCGGGUCGAAUCGGAAGAGGAAGAUGCGGAUAGCGACGGUUCAGACUGCAGUACCCCAGCGUCCAACGAGCCAAAAACCUGCGCCCAAUGCAAGGAAACCAUUACCGGAGGCAUCCUGACCGCCCUGGGUCAGUCCUGGCAUCCGGACCACUUCACCUGCGGCGGAUGCGAGCAACCCAUCACCGAGGCCCGCUUCCAUACCAACGAGGGCAAGCCCUACUGCUCUGCUUGCCACAUUAAAUUGUUCGCUAAAACGUGUCACGCGUGCGACCAGCCGAUUUUGGAUAAAUGCGUGCAAGCUAUGGGAGUCAACUGGCACGAGGACCAUUUUGUGUGCGGCGGUUGCAAGGCCAAGCUGAUCGGCACCCAGUUCAUGGACGUGAAGGGAGCCCCGUUUUGUCAAAAGUGCUACUUGCAGAAGCAUGCCGAUAGGUGCAAGGGGUGCUCCAAACCCAUCGCAGACAAGGCCGUGAUCGCUUUGGACGCCAAAUGGCAUCAGAUGUGCUUCAGGUGCUCGAAAUGCAGCAAACCGAUUACGUCCGAGCAAAAAUUCCAAGUGGACGACGGCAAGCCGCACUGCGUCAAAUGCAACUAAUUUUUUUUCGUUUUUUUUUUUGAUAAUGCUUUUUUAUUGUUAAUUUUUUAAAGAUUUUUACAAAUACGUGGUGGGCUGUUUAUUAUGGGAUGAUACCUUAUCUCAGGACCUGUGAAACAGAGCAAAAAAGAAUAGAGACAAAAGUUGUUUGGCUUCACUUACCUUUAAAGUAUUAUAUUCUUAUAUAUCCAAAGUGUUUGUAUUUCCGUAGACAGACAAGUACAAGACACUUUUGAAUUUUUGACAUAUUUUGAGUUUUAUAUCAAAAGUGACGUAUACAGGUAUAAAUAUAAUCCAUCGAUUUCUCCGACCUAAAGUUUUUUUGGCAUAUAUGUACACAUAUAAUACUAAAAUAUUAUGUGUUGAUAUUAAAAAAAAAGUAUAAAUACAGGGUGUCGAAAAACUUACAUCAAUAAUUUGAAUGAAAGAAUCGUUCAAAGGCAUUUUGAAAAGAUUGCCAACAGAAAGUUACAGGUUUCGAAAUAUUGGCAAUAAAAUAUGUAUCUUCUCGGCCAAUUAAUAGUCGUUUAGCAUUGCUACAAUGGAAAAACGUUUUUUUUGAAACAGGAAACGUGUGAUAAAAAUAUUAUGUUCCUAUUGAAAAAAAAUAUUGACCGAAUUUGUCAUUUACAUUUUCAAUGUUUCUUUUUGAUAAGACUGUAUUUAUUUAGUAUUUUAUGUGUUUUAAAAUAUCAACAUACACCGCUAAAGAAAAAAAGUAAUCCCAAAUAUAUAUGCUUUCAAUCGGAUUUAAUUUAUUGCAAUCGUCACUUCUGAAAUAAAAUAUUACGUAUUAUGUACAAAAAUUCAAAAAUAUCUUAAUAAAUAAGAAAUUUUAAAGUUCUUACUUGUCCAUGAACAUACGAACGCUCUUUGUAUAUAGCGGUAUAACAAUUUAUAAGUUCAAAAUAACUUUUGUCGUACAGUUUUUAUGAUAUUUUUUACAAGUCCUCAUACAAUAAUAAAGGGGCCACUUCAUACAUCCGAUAUAGACGCUAUACAUUUUAUACCGGGUUUAUUGUUUUUUUUUCUCUAUAACGUUAAAACGUGUAUUAAUGUCAAACCGUAAUGUUUAUCCGCGCACAUCAUUUAUACAGCCUUGUACCGAAACAAAAGUUUAAUAAAUUUAAUCCUGCCUUG